AUGUCGAUGGAUCUUGAUGACGCUCCCGUCCCUCUUGGGGCGGCGACACAACAGACAGCCGCGACUAUUCUCUGCUGCAACUGCGGUGCCCCUAUUGACGGAACGACUGCCACCGGCGCCCUCUGCUUCAACUGCGUCAAACUCACCGUCGACAUCUCCCAAGGCAUCCAGCGCGAAGCGACACUCAACUUCUGCCGAGACUGCGAUCGAUGGCUGCUCCCACCGACCAGUUGGAUUGUGGCCAUGCCCGAAUCCCGCGAGCUGCUGGCCCUGUGUCUCAAGAAACUACGAGGUCUCCAUAAAGUCCGCAUUGUUGACGCAAGCUUUGUCUGGACGGAACCGCACUCUCGAAGAAUAAAGGUCAAGCUAACGAUCCAGGAUGCCGUCCAGGAUGGCGUCUUGCUCCAGCAGAGUUUUGAAGUUGUAUACGUGGUGGCGACCCAGCAGUGCCCCGAGUGCGCCAAGUCAUAUACUGCCAACGUCUGGAGGGCGUGUGUGCAGGUGCGACAAAAGGUUUUGCACAAGAGAACAUUUUUGUUUCUGGAACAACUCAUGAUGAAACACAACGCCCACAGAGAGACUCUCAAUAUCAAGGAGGCCAAGGACGGGAUUGAUUUCUUCUUCUCGCAGAAGAACCAGGCCGAAAAGUUUAUUGACUUUCUGAACUCUGUUGUACCCGUCACUGUCAAGGCAUCCCAGGAGCUCAUUUCUCAGGAUGUCCACACAUCCAAAAAGUCGUACAAGUUUUCUUAUUCAGCCGAGAUUGUGCCCAUUUGCAGAGACGACUUGGUUGCCAUGCCCAUCAAGCUGGCCAAGCAAUCCGGCAAUAUCUCACCCCUCGUCCUGUGCCACAAGAUUGGGACUUCGGUCUAUCUGAUGGACCCCCAGACCCUCCAGACCGCCGAUAUUGCCUCGCCGAUAUACUGGCGCGCCCCCUUCAGAUCGCUCGCCGAUGCCCACGAAUUAGUAGAAUUCAUCAUUAUGGACAUCGAGCCCACCAACACCCGAAGAGGAAAAUGGGUCCUCUCCGAAGCCACCGUCGCCAGAGCAUCGGACCUCGGCGUCAACGACAAGACUUACUUCACGAGAACACACUUGGGCAACUUACUCCAACCUGGCGACUCGGCCAUGGGGUACCUCCUUACAGGCACCAUGUUCAAUAACGCCGAGUACGAGGCCAUCGAAGAGUCCAACACAUACUCUUCCACCAUCCCUGACGUGGUCCUAGUCAAGAAGUACUACCCGCGUCGCCGGAAGAACCGCCGCCGCAACUGGAAGCUCAGGCGUAUGGACAAGGACGAGGGCGAGCUGCUACCCAAGAAGGCCGAUCAAGAUCGCAUGGAUCGCGAGUAUGAGCAGUUCCUGCGGGAUGUGGAAGAGGAUGAGGAGCUGCGUGCCGCCAUGGCUCUAUACAAAAACGAGAAGAGAGCCGAGGAGGAGAUGAGUGUUGCGGAAACAGAAGAAGACGAGGAUGACGGCGUUCCGCAGGUUAACAUGGACGAGUUGCUAGACGACUUUGACGAGCUCACAAUGCACGACUCUUGA